UAGAAUGGCAUCCGUCUCAGCUCUGACAGAGGAACUGGAAUCCGUAACUAAUGAGCUCCAUGCGAUUGGCAUCCAGAUUGAAGAACUCACAGAGAGGCAGCAAGAGCUCCUUCAGAAGAAGUCAGUCCUGACGAAGAGAAUCAAGCAGUGCUUAGAGGGCUCGGACGUGGAGGCGAGCGGUGACUGUGACUCUUCUCCAGCUGUGUGGAAUAAAGAAGAUUUUCCAUGGUCCGGAAAAGUUAAAGAUGUGCUACGAAAUGUUUUUAAACUGCAGAAGUUCAGGCCUCUGCAGUUAGAAACCGUCAAUGCCACCAUGGCUGGAAAGGACAUCUUUCUUGUUAUGCCCACAGGAGGUGGGAAGAGCUUGUGCUACCAGCUGCCAGCACUGUGCUCAGACGGUUUUACACUUGUGAUUUGCCCACUCAUCUCUCUUAUGGAAGAUCAGCUGAUGGUUUUAAAACAGCUGGGAAUUUCAGCUACUAUGUUGAAUGCUUCUAGCUCUAAGGAACAUGUCAAAUGGGUUCAUGCUGAAAUGGUGAAUAAAAACUCCCAGUUAAAGCUGAUUUAUGUGACUCCAGAGAAAAUUGCGAAAAGCAAGAUGUUCAUGUCUAGACUAGAGAAAGCCUAUGAGGCUGGGAGAUUGACUCGAAUCGCAGUGGACGAAGUGCACUGCUGCAGUCAGUGGGGCCAUGACUUCAGACCUGAUUAUAAGGCACUUGGCAUUUUGAAGCGCCAGUUUCCCAACACCUCGCUGAUUGGGCUGACUGCAACAGCAACUAACCAUGUUCUGAAGGACGCACAGAAAAUCCUGUGUGUGGAAAGAUGUUUGACUUUUACAGUAUCUUUCAACCGACCAAAUCUUUAUUACGAGGUUCGGCAAAAGCCCUCGAGCGCUGAAGACUUUACUGAGGACAUUGUAAAGCUCAUCAAUGGACGGUACAAAGGGCAAUCAGGAAUCAUAUACUGCUUUUCUCAGAAAGACUCUGAACAAGUUACCAUUAGUUUACAAAAGCUGGGAAUUCAUGCAGGCACUUACCAUGCCAAUAUGGAACCAGAAGAUAAGACCAAGGUUCAUACACAGUGGUCAGCCAACGAGCUUCAGGUGGUAGUGGCGACAGUGGCCUUUGGCAUGGGAAUUGAUAAGCCAGAUGUGAGGUUUGUUAUCCAUCAUUCAAUGAGCAAAUCCAUGGAGAAUUACUACCAAGAGAGUGGGCGUGCUGGUCGCGAUGACUCGAGAGCAGACUGUAUUCUGUAUUACGGCUUUGGAGACAUAUUCAGGAUCAGCUCAAUGGUGGUCAUGGAGAAUGUGGGACAGCAGAAACUGUACGAGAUGGUGUCAUACUGCCAGAGUCUAAGCAAGUGUCGCCGUGUGCUGAUAGCACAACAUUUUGAUGAAGUGUGGAAUGCAGAUGCCUGCAACAAAAUGUGUGACAACUGCUGCAAAGACAUUUUGUUUGAGAAAAAGAAUAUAACACAGCAUUGCAGAGACCUCAUCAAGAUUCUGAAGCAGGCAGAAGGGCUGAAUGAAAAGCUCACCCCACUGAAGCUGAUGGACUCUUGGAUGGGAAAGGGAGCGGCCAAGUUGAGAGUGGCUGGCCUCGUUGCCCCCAGCCUUCCCCGAGAAGACCUGGAGAAGAUCAUCGCACAUGCUCUCCUGCAGCAGUAUCUCAAAGAAGACUACAGUUUCACAGCUUACGCUACCAUUUCGUAUCUGAAGGUGGGACCCAGAGCCAGUCUUCUCAGCAGUGAGGCCCAUGCUGUCACUAUGCAAGUGAAGAGGCCCGCCCGGACCAGCGUCAGGGCUGCAUCAUCUGAAGCUUGCCAGUCAGAGCGUGCAGAUGCGAAAGAGGAAGAAAAAAGCUCAGAGAACUUCCCGAAGUCUACAAACAUGCUUCAGCCUUCUGGCUCUAAGAACACAGGAGCGAAGAAAAGAAAACGUGAUGACGCCUGA